AUGAUUCCUAUAGCGAACUAUAGGCUGCAGUAAUCUUACCCGAGCUUGGUAAUGAUUGUAUGUUUGCGUUUUAUUUACUUUCAUAGACUGGUGAUACAUUUUUGCAUUCGAAUCGACGUGUUGUCAAUUAUUUAAAACCAAGCAAUAUGGACUUUAUGGCACAACUGUAGGUUAGGAUAUUUAAUAAACAUUCGGCUAUCUACAGCUUUGAUUUAUUUAAAGGGAUAUUUGAUAAAUCCUAGUUGAUUAGGCGACAUGUGUCUUUUUAAUAAAUUUUAUAGACAAUUAUAGGCUAAGCACAGCAUUUGACAGCAACGCAAUUUACAGUUUGUAUUUUAGCAAUAGCCUCUCAGUAGCCUGCUCGUUUAGAUGUCAUAUUUAAGGUAACGUGUAUCGGUUGUGGUGGCCGCUCGCUAGCGCGUGCAUACUCAUCCUUACCUCAUUGAUCCUCACACACGCAAACACACACUUUCAAACAAGCAAACACACACUUUCACCUGCAAAAAAAAAAAAGCGUCAGCACGCAGGCUGGAUAUCAAUCAACCAAUCAAACCUCUUUUUGAGUUCAUCAUCCUCGCCGACUGUCAUCCACAGCCAGCAGCUGAAGAGUGCAGCGGUGGAGGGAUGGCCCUGUCAUUACAUAGUUUAAUUGUCUUGGUGUUCCCCUUCCUCACGGCGGCCAAACACAAUACAACUGCAGGAGGCUGUGCUAUAAUCCGGCCUCCCAGAGAUGGAGGGAUAAGGUACAGAGGACUGACCCAAGAGCAGAUCCGCAGUGUACAUGUGCUACCUCUGGACUAUGAGAUUGAGUACAUCUGCAGAGGGAACAGAGUGAUCGUAGGUCCCAAUGUUAGGAAGUGUCUACCCAACGGUACCUGGACUGACCUCACCCAGCGCAGCAAAUGUUUACUACAGUGCCCGCGGGUGUGGACGUCUCUGGAGAACGGGCGCGUAUCCCAGUGGCCCCUGGGGCCCCCAGUGGAGGGGACGGUACUGCAGUACAGCUGUCUGCCAGGAUUCAUCCUGGUCGGCAGGAACGCAACACACUGCAACAAGCUGGGCAAGUGGGACUCUCCCAAACCCGUAUGCCACUAUGACAGACAUUACACAGGCAAGAAGAAGCUCUACAUCGGUGCCCUCUUCCCAAUGAGCGGAGGCUGGCCCGGGGGCCAAGCAUGCCUCCCUUCCGCUCAGAUGGCCCUCGACUUGGUGAACAAGAGAACGGAUAUACUGCCGGAGUACGAACUUGAACUGAUCCACUACGAUAGCAUGUGUGAUCCAGGUGAAGCCACCAAGCUCCUGUAUGACCUGCUGUACACUGAGCCCAUCAAGAUGGUCCUGAUGCCCGGCUGCAGCUCUGUGUCCACUUUGGUGGCCGAGGCCGCUCGCAUGUGGAACCUUAUAGUGUUAUCCUACGGCUCCAGUUCUCCAGCUCUCUCCAACCGUCAGCGCUUCCCGACGUUCUUCCGUACCCACCCGUCUGCCACCCUCCACAACCCCACCAGGGUUCAGCUCUUUCAGAAGUGGAAAUGGACGAAGAUCGCCACCAUCCAGCAGACUACGGAAGUUUUCACCUCGACGCUGGAUGAUCUCGAGGCAAGGACCAAGGAGGCUGGGAUAGAGAUCAGUGUUCGCCAAAGCUUCCUCACCGACCCCGCCCCAGCUGUCAAGAACCUCAAGCGGCAAGAUGCCAGAAUCAUCGUGGGGCUCUUCUACGAGACAGAAGCAAGAAAAGUUUUCUGCGAGGUUUACAAGGAGAAGCUCUAUGGGAAGAAAUAUGUCUGGUUCCUGAUUGGUUGGUACGCAGACAACUGGUUCAAGAUCAAAGACCCAUCAAUCAACUGCACCGUGGAGCAGAUGACAGAGGCGGUGGAGGGCCACGUUACCACGGAGAUCGUCAUGCUCAACCCCGAGACCGUCCGAGGGGCCUCCAAUCUGACGUCUCAGGAGUUUCUGAACCAGCUGAUGUCUAAGUUGGGGGGUAAGAACCCAGAGGAGACGGGGGGGUUCCAGGAGGCCCCUCUGGCCUACGAUGCAGUGUGGGCCCUGGCUCUGGCCCUCAACAAGACCGUGGGGCCCCUGAAGGCUAAGGGCCGCAGACUAGAAGACUUCAACUACAACAACCGAGAUAUCACCGCUGAGAUCUAUCGUGCUCUCAACACCAGCUCAUUCGAAGGAGUGUCGGGCCAUGUUGUGUUUGAUGCUCAGGGUUCUAGAAUGGCCUGGACUCUUAUUGAGCAGCUGCAAGGAGGCAGCUAUAAGAAGAUUGGAUACUUCGACAGUACCAAAGGCAAUCUAUCCUGGUAUGGGAAUGACAGGUGGAUAGGUCCAGGCCCCCCAGCAGAUCAGACGGUGGUUAUCGAGGAGUUUAGGUUCCUCUCUCAGAAGCUCUUUGUCUCUGUGUCUGUGUUUGCUGGGCUGGGGAUUCUACUGGGAAUAGUGUGUCUCACAUUCAACAUCUACAACAGCAAUGUCAGGUACAUCCAGAACUCCCAGCCCUACCUGAACAACAUGACGGCAGUGGGGUGUAUGAUGGCUCUGGCUGCUGUCUUCCCUCUGGGCCUUGACGGACACCACGUACACAGGAAACAGUUCCCCGUAGUCUGCCAGUUCCGUCUGUGGCUGCUUGGCCUGGGCUUCAGCCUGGCGUACGGUUCUAUGUUUACAAAGAUCUGGUGGGUCCACACCGUCUUCACCAAGAAGGACGACAAGAAGGACAAGAGGAAGCACCUGGAGCCGUGGAAACUCUACGCCACCGUGGGGGUGCUGCUGGUCAUUGACGUCCUGUCACUCAUGAUCUGGCAAAUAGUGGAUCCUCUACACAUCACUGUGGAGAAGUUUGUGAGAGAGGCCCCUAAAGGAGACCUGGAUGUUCUGAUCCAACCUCUGCUGGAACACUGCAGCUCAGACAAGAUGAAUACUUGGCUUGGGGUGGUGUAUGGUUAUAAGGGCUUGCUGUUGCUCCUUGGGAUUUUUCUGGCUUAUGAGACCAAGUCUAUAUCAACAGAGAAGAUCAACGACCACCGUGCUGUGGGCAUGGCCAUCUACAACGUCUCAGUGUUGUGUAUGAUCACGGCUCCUGUCACCAUGAUCUUGUCCUCACAGCAGGACGCCUCGUUUGCCUUCGCCUCCCUGGCCAUCGUCUUCUCCGUCUACAUCACCCUGGUUGUGCUCUUUGUCCCCAAGAUGCGUCGUCUGAUCACCCGAGGGGAGUGGCAGUCAGACACCCAGGAGACCAUGAAGACACAGGGCUCAUCCACCAACAACAACGAUGAGGAGAAGUCCAGACAGCUGGAGAGAGAGAAUAAGGAACUACAGAAGAUCAUUCAGGAGAAAGAAGAGAGGGUGUCAGAGCUGCGAAACCAGCUGGUGGAGCGACAAGCCCUCCGCUCCCGAAGACGACCCUCCACAGUCAACCAGAACCACACGCCCCUUCUCCCUGUCCCCUCGAAUGACCCCAAAUCCCUCAUUCCCCCACCAGGGUACCCCAACCCCACCUCAGACAACCACUCCCUCCCUCCAUCAUUCUCCAACUCCUCCAACCUCUAUCAGCCCGAUGGGAAAAUCAGUAGAAACAACUGCCACACCAGCCGGUUACAGCUCCUCUACAAGUGAUCUAUAGGAGGAGAGGAAGAGUGCUUGAAAGGGGCUAUACGUUAGUGAAUGAAGAAUGAAUGGAAGGCCAAGUAAUCGGGUGAGGGGGUAAGAGACGGGGUAGAGGAAGGAAGAGAGGCAGUAACUAGGUGAGGUAGUGAUCAGAGGGUUAGUGAUAGGUAAUGUAGUGAUCAGAGGGUUAGUGAUAGGUACGGUAGUGAUCAGAGGGUUAGUGAUCAGAGGGUUAGUGAUCAGAGGGUUAGUGAUAGGCAGGGUAGUGAUCAGAGGGUUAGUGAUAGGUGAGGUAGUGAUCAGUAGUGAUCUCUUUCUCUCUCUCUCUCUCUCUCUCUCUCUCUCUCUCUCUCUCUCUCUCUCUCUCUCUCUUCUCUCUCGCUCUCUCUGGCUCUCUCUCUCUUCUCUCUCUCUCUCUCUUGCUCU